AUGGGAGACUCGGAUGUUCAAUUUCGCCUUGUGACAAAGCUGGAGGACAUCAGACCACUGACUUUCAUCGCUGCGGAAAGCUGGGCGGACGACUCUAUAUUUGCGUGGAUAGUACCGGGGCGAUUCAGGCGGCCUGACCACUAUCUGAAGCUCUGGUACUAUAUUCUCAAGACAGAGUUCUUCACUCCAGGGCGACAUAUUCUCAUAGCAGAGAGGCAUGGGGUCGCCGGGCCCACAGUCUUGGGGUUCGCUGUGUGGGAACCCCCUGCGGCAUCGCCGUACCGUGAACCGCUAAAUCGCAAGAAGAGGCUAGCGAGCCGUAUUCGUCAUCUCAGCAUCAAAUGCCAGAUAUCAUGUCUGUUGAUCUUCACCAACUUCUCCAAAACUUGCUUGCUUCCCAAGGUGCAUGAGUUGGAGCAGGAAAGGGAAACCCGAAAGACCCGAGACCCUCCGCCCGACGAAAAAUGGUAUCUACACUUUUUAGGCGUCUCGCCUCGCUUUCAGCGACAGGGCAUAGGGAGGCAGCUUUUACAUUGGGGCAUCGACAAGGCCGACGAAGAAAAGAUGCCCUGUUUUCUAGAAGCAAGUGAGCGUGGGCGUCCUCUCUACGAAUCUGCUGGUUUCAUCACCUAUGACUGGCAGGUCUUGAAUGGAGGUGAAAUUAAGAAUUCUGUUAUGAAACGUGAGCCGCAAUUGUUAACAUGA